UGACUGUGGACAGAGAGACAGAGAGCAGCUGGUUAGACAAGUCCUGGAAAUAAAGUCGCUCGGAAAUGUAGUUAGAGACACAUAUACAGCUUUAAAUAAACAGUUUAUUGUAUUGGUUCUCUGUUACUUAUUGCUAUUGAAUUCAUCCGAGUUGCUGGAUUACAACAUGGACACUGUUUAUUUUUCACCUUAAAUACGCGGUCUGUUUGUUUAAUGAGGCAAAAAACUGACAGUUGGACUUUUCUUUACAAAUGACGUGGACUAGCACGAUGAGCAGUGGUUACAGCAGUUUAGAAGAAGAUUGUGAGGAGUAUUUUUUCACCGCCAGAACUUCCUUCUUUAAGAAGCCUUCAGGGAAACUCACAGAUCCUAAGGAUGUUGAGAAGGAGAAAGACCUCCGGACUCAUCUCAGUUAUGAGGAGAUUAAGCACAAUAUUGAAUUGUAUAACGCAGCCACACGAGACCACUUUAAAAUGACACUGAAUCCUGAUGGCUUGUACACGGGCUUUAUAAAAGUGCAGCUGGAGCUGCGGCGGCCCAUCACUGUGACAGGUGGAGUACCAGGGACGAAGGCAGCAGAGGCGUUUUAUUUACCACGCGGCUCUGUAAACACGCUGCACAUCAGCAGCUCCAACACGGUACAGCAGGUGAUCGAGGCUCUGCUGCGCAAGUUCACGGUAGCUGACAACCCAGCCAAGUUUGCCCUGUACAAACGUUUCCGCCGCGAGGACCAUGUGUGUGUUUGUAAGCUGUCAGAGACUGAACACCCUCUGCUCCUGCGUCUGCUGGCUGGGCCAAACCUAGACACACUCAGCUUUGUCCUCAGAGAGCAGCAGACAGGAGAAGUCAUGUGGGACGCUUUCUCCAUUCCAGAGCUGUGCAACUUCCUGCGUAUCUUGGAAAAGGAGGAACAGGACCAGGUCCGGGUGAUAACCGCACGCUACAACAUCUACAGAGAGAAGCUGGAAGAGGCACUCAGAGCAACUAGCAGCCAUAAUUAACAGUGCUUUACACACACACACACACACACACACACACACACACACACACACACACACACACACACACACACACAGAGGACUGAUGCCUCGGGGGAUUUACAAAACAAACUAUAAGGUGACACACAUCUCUCUCAAACAAGAACUCUGACCUCCAGAGAUGAUGUGUGAUUGCUUGAUUAUGUGUGCCACACUUUCCCAGAGUGCCAAACUACCAUCUCUCACACCUUUUUUUUCUCGUCCAGUUACUUUGAACUUGUGAAUAAUGCAAGCUUGAGAAUCUGUUCUGUUUGAUUAGUUUAUUUAAUUGAUAGUUACUGUUGAUGGUUUGUACAUAUUUUUGUUUUUAAUUUAUGUGGGGAAGCUUUGUUCUUUUUUUAUCUAUAUUGUAAGAGUCUUAUUUUAUUUUUUAAGAGUCAUAGCAACAAUCCAAUAUUAAUGAAUGGAGAGAAUGGCAGUAAUACUAAGUACUGCUGACCUGCAUGUUUAAUUUACCAAAGAAUUAGUAAAGUUAAUCUUGGUCAGAUGGACAUAGACCUGAGACAGAUUUAGCUGAAAGCCUGAAUAAAAUGGCUCUAUUUUACUUUUAGUUAGUUCCACACCAGCACUGUGAUAAUCAGAGGCAAAAGUUAGUAUUACCAUGACUUCUCAUGACAGGAGACCAAACUGACAAGACAUUUGCAAUUAAAGAAGGAUUUUAAUGUUGGGAAACCAGACAAAAUGCACGGUAUGUAGAAACGUGAUCAUAAACUUUAUGGCAAGAUGCAGGUAGCCUGGUGGUUAAGGUGUUGAAGUACUGACCGGAAGGUCAUGAGUUUGAAUCCCAGGUCUACCAAGCUGUCACUGCUGGGCCCCUGAGCAAGGCCCUUAACACUCAAUUGCUCAGUUGUAUAAAUUGAAAUAAAUUGUAAGUCACUUUGGAUAAGGGUUUCUGCAAAAUGCCAGAAAUGUAAGAUUAAGAAGGAAGACAGGAAGUAGGAAACGUGGGAAUAAAAGGCAUGCGAAUAAAUGAAUGAACCUCUGAUCAAUAUUUUAGGUUUAUGCUAAGUUUGUUCAUUCAGAGCCUGAGGAAAAGACAGAGAAGUAGGGCAUGUUGUCACACAAGAGAAGCAAUUGCAGGAAGUUGACAUACAGAGUUAGAGGAAGUUGAAAUGCAUUUAGAGGAAUUGUCAUGCUCUGGUCUGGGAACAAACUUACUGAAUGCAGAUCUUGUGCUCGCACUAACCUUAAGGGCUUGUCUUGUCUUUGUUAGUGCCAGACGUCAGUUUAAAGCUGCUGGUCAUUAUGUAUAAUAUCCUCUCGUUAUCUGAUCCUUAAACAGAGAUAAGCAACAGAAGAAAGAACAAGGUGUGGGCUGUUUGGCAGUGAUCUUAGGGGGAGGGAUGUAUCGCUCCAUUGGUCCGGCUCUUAAAAGGCAUUGAACUGCAUGAAGGUUAAAGAUGCAUGCUGGAAGAUGCUCUCGCUCAGCCAGGCUGUAGGCUAAGCAUUGGGCUCAGCGUCUGUAUCGUGUUUCAGCUGCAGCUGUUCCAGAUCUCUCUCAGAUACUGUAAAGCUGUAUUUGAGAGAGAAUUAUAAUCACAAAUAUUACCACUGAAUAGAUAUUUUGAUAAGAUAUAUAACAGAAUAGACAAUCUGAAGAGAGCUUGCAUUUUAUACAUAUCUCUCUCUUUUGGACACUGUUAAUCGUACUGUAGUUCAUUCUAUGCAGAAAUCAGCAGAAAUGUGUCUUAAAGAGCAGACAAUCUGUAUCUCUCAGCAGGCUGUGCUGCUUUUCUCCAUGAACAUGUACACCAUGUUAAAGUUUUAAAUGAUACUUGUGUAUCAGUGUUUUUUUUAUAUAUAUAUAUAUAUAUAUACACACCUAUACAUAUUUUAUUCAUAUGUGCUAGUACUUCAUGAUGGAUUUCUGAAGGGUACUGCAUUAUAUUUUGUCUGUUCAUGCAUUGAAUUAGUGGUGAUCUGGGGACAUCUUGUGGUCCUCUGCUGUAAUAGCACCUUUACUUCACAGUCCUUAUGAUCAUAUGUUGUUGUUUUUUCUUUAUUUUUUGAAAUGAAUUUUUUUUUUUAAUAACCAAAGACACAGUGUAAAUCUGCAUAUUUAAUUUAAACUUAGACUUUAAAUUUAGUGCCUGCUGCACUCAAAGAGAGUGAUUAUUACUCUAUAUAUAGCCUGUGAGUUCUUGUCCCCAUGGCAACACUCGCACCUAAACAAACACUGGGUUAAAUAUAUUUUAGAAUCAGAUGUUUCAUCAUUGCAGGAGGUUUUGAUUAGUGAGAUGUUGAUUAGCAGCGCAGUAAUGCUGUUACUCUACUGUGAUUUGAUUAAGACUGACGGUUAUCCAGGGCUCCUGUAAUGUUAGUAGUAGAUAUUAAAACAUUUUUGGGCACUUUACAUUGAUUCAGGGAUGAGCUUUUAUUUUUGUUGCUUUUUUUAUUUUCAUUUUUUUAAAUCUUCAUUUAAUAUACAACAAUAACUCUAUAUUUUAUUCCAUGAAAGUAUGUCCAAUGGAGAUUUUGUUUUAAACUUGAUUUUUAAAGAGCAAUCCAGCUUCAGUAGUUCUGUAAUUUUGUAGAGCCAUACUGUGAAUGUUUCAGCUGUCCAACUCAUCACAUUUUUAUUAACCUGUCUUUUAAAAUCUCCACUAAAUGCUAUGAGUAUGUGUAGUACUACUAAAGGAGUUUUCUGUAUAAAUGCAUGCAUUAUAUUAAUCCAUGCAUAUCGGGUCUGGCUGUGAACAACAUCACGGCUGGUGUUACAGCACAUGACUUGAUUAUAGAGAAAGCUCUUGACUUUGAAACUUUUUGUUUGCUAAUCCAAGAUUUAUGAUACAAAAAUCUCAGUACCAUUUUUUUUGUAAGUCUGCCUUGUGAAAUAUUGUCAGAUAUUCUGCUUUUCACUUUCAAUGAAAUGUUGGUUGAAACUAAAUCCUAAAACCUUACAUUUCCUUCUGGUCAUUUCAGGAUUUUAUUCAGCUUAGAAGCUAAACCUGAUCACACCUUUAAAUGAACACAUCCAGUCUAUCCAAAGAUAUAUAAAGAUUUGCAAGUCUAAUGAAAAUGGAUGAGAGAAAGCUCAGUGCUUUGAAGUGGACUGUGCCAAAUGCAUAAUGCUAUAAUAAAGAUGUAUUUGUGAUGUGGA